GCAGUGAAAAGCUCGACCUCACACUCGUCCUCACGUGGCACAGUUAGCGAUACUACUUCAUUCAUUUCUGCGCCGAAUGAUAACUCGUUUGAUUUUGUCGGUAUGGGACGGUACGACAGGAACGCAUGUUUACGCGAUGUUUUGCUGCUUUGACGGUUAUUCAAAUUAGUAGUUUACAAUGGCGUCCGAGUGUAGUCAAGAGGCAAUUCUCGCCUUUCUAAAGGAGAAAGGGGGCAAAGUGAAAAACAAGGAUUUAAUUGCGCAUUUUAAGGUCGUAUUCCCGGAGGAGCCGGAGAAGAAAGCUGCUGUCCGUGAGACAUUUAAAAAGUACGUGGACAACAUUGCUUUUGUAAAGACUGAGAGUGAAGUGAAAUAUGUCCGCCUGAAGAAAAUGUUUCGCGGUUCAGAGAAGGAGCAGCUGAACUGGAGUGUUAGCGACGGGACAGAAACCGAGCCGGUAACGUCUCGAGAGGAACUCCGUCACCGUUAUCCUGCAGGUUCAGACAGCCGUCGGGCUCGUGGCAGUGACGCAGCGGAGCUCCCAGCCCAGCCUCGCGCCGCAGGAGGUGAGGCGCAGCCACCUGGCGCAGGUUACGGAAGUGAGCGCCAGGUGAGAGUUCCGCAUGAUUUCAACACUGCGAAUAUUUUUACAGAGCAAACGGACGACACAAGUGAGUGUGGCGAGUUUGUUUGUGCAGUUGAGGAAGUAGACAGCCGCUCGGGUGAGAUGGGAAACAGAGAAAGCUUCAAACGAGAGAGGAGGGACUCCAAGAAGAAGCAGGUUGUAAACGAACCUGAAAUACCAGAAAUUUCAAUGACUAAAGCUUCGCCUGUUCCUGCAGAGGGAUCUAUGUUCAUCCUGCUGGGGCCUGUACAAACCGGUACUAAAGGACAGAUAGACACAGGUAGUGUUGGACUCGGCCCCAGAGACGGACCGGUUGAGACGGAGUCUCUUUCAGCAGAAGGCCUGAAUGAAGUAGAACACAUUAACGUGGGGACCAGGAGCUCAAAAGGAUACCAACGGCAAGUUCCCUCCAGACAGCCGGAGUCAGACGAAGAGGCGGAGGAUGAAGGGCAGUUGGACACACGCAGUCUGUCUGGGAGCGAAGGACUCGGCAGUCCCAAAGGCAGUCGUAAACACUUCAUCGAGGUAAUGAUGAGCAGCUCCCCCCAGGUGAGGCGGAGCAUGGUGAUACGCAGCUCAGUGUACCUGUCCUACAGGAAUGAUGGCGACUCGGCUUCCCUGGUCUCCUCCGACCCGGACGACGACAGGACUGCCGUCACUCUGGACCCGCUGGAACACGAGUGGAUGAUGUGCGCCUCGGACGGGGAGUGGGGCAGCUUGUGCCCCCUCCUCGCCACGGAUCCGAGCCUCGUCCUGAGGAAGGACUUCGUCACCGGUUUCACCUGCUUGCACUGGGCGGCCAAGCGAGGCAAGCCCGAGCUGAUGGCGCUGCUCAUCAACUUUGCCAAGCAGCACGACGUCCCCAUCAGCGCCGAUGUCCGAUCCAACAGCGGCUACACGCCGCUGCACGUGGCUGCCAUGCACAACCACAUGGAGGUGGUGAAGCUCCUGGUCGGGGCCUACGACGCCGAUGUGGAGAUCCGAGACUACAGCGGGAGGAAGGCCUGCCAGUACCUCACUGACAACGUGAGUGUAGACAUGCGGGACAUAAUAGGAGCGUACGAGCGUGCUGACUCAAAGAACGCAGACCUCAGGGAAGGAAGCCGCUUGAGGUUCUCCAAGGCUCUCCAGUCCAACCUGAAGCCCCUCAGACUCCUCAACCCCAACGACUGGGACUCCGUGGACGGCGAGGUUCCACCCAGACAGAAAGUCGUCAGGAGGAAGUCCUCACUCAGCAGGAUGAAGCCCAAACUGCAGAAGCUGCGCUUGAGGACAUCGCAGAUUGUCCACGGCACCACAUUCCGAGACAGGGAGGAGCAGGAGGGGUCAGGGAGAGGUUUCUUUAAGUCCAGACCCAAGACAUAUUUCUUUGGGUGAGAUCAGUACUGAUACAGGACAGGAAAUGGUUUACAGGGAUACCAACGGUACCAGCAUACAAUGAUGUACACUGAUGUAUUGAAAAAAACAUUUUUUACCCUCAGCUGUUUUACCUUGAGUGAAAUGUCCCCGUAUGACUUCGGUCCACUCACUACAUUGAACCCUAAAUGUUUGACUCGUUUCACCAACAUUUGAGGUUAAAACAAAGUUACAGACCUCCUCUGAAAAUACUAAAGCCACCUGGAGCGGGCUAAAUCCAAGAAAGUGGAUCAAUCCCCUGGUUAGUGCGCUGCACAGCACUGAUGUAUACGAAUGGGUUACUUAACAGGAAUAUAUAUCCACUGAUGGUAUGUUUGGACAGAGAUGAGGAAUCAGUGUCUUUGUUAUUAUGCCAGCCAGCCUCUUUCUGUGCAAGCACACGUUUAACAGUACUGAUACAGUACUGUUCAUAUGUCGUCAUAUCCUUUAACUGCACACUGAAAAUUGCUGAUGACCGUUUUCGCCAGUAGAACCGGAUUGAUACAUUGGCAGGGCCUGUAUCUUGGCUUAUUAGCAAAAUGUCACACUCGGCACAAAAAUAUCGUGAUAAAAAUAAGCCUGAUAUAUUGUCAUUUUUUGUACAAAUUCAAAUAUGUACAUAAUUGCAUAAUAGGACUAUCAUUUCCUUUGAUCUAUUUUGUUACAUCUUUGCACAUUUGAACAAAAUCAGCUCUUAGAUUUGUAUUUGCACAUUAUAAUUAGUUACAUGACACAAACCUUAUGUUAAAGAAUGGCAAAUGUUUCCUGGGUUAAGGGGCCAUUCUAAGGUUGUGCAUGUUUGAUGUUCUUACUGAUUAAAUCAAUGAGUGCAUUAUUGCAUAUUCAUAAAGGCUUGUGUCUGAUUUGACAAUUUUUAUUUAUAUCCUAAUUGUAUACAUGUAAAAUUCAUUCAUACGAAGCAAUUUGUUAAUUAGUGUUUAUUAACAUAUUGUGAAUCGGUGGGACAUCUUAAUCUGUUAAUAUAAUAACUGUAAACUCACAUGACUAUAAAUUAGUACAAUCUGGAAUAAAGGCAUAAUUCACAGUGAUCGUGGUAAACCAUUUGUGCGCAGUAUAAUCAGUUUGAUUGGAAUACAGUUUUUGAUGCUGACACACUGAAAUGUAUCCAGAACAUUAAACAGAGAAGAGUUCAGGCCCAGGAUCAUAAACAUAAAUAUAUCAACAUGAACGUUUUUUUAUACUUAUAGAAACUAAGACGACACCAUGAUCCGGAACGACGAUUUACAUUUAUGUAAUCUUUGAAAACGUAUCACAUAUAGUUAUAGACUUCCAUUAAAAAGCAAUUUGCAAGAAUUUGCUAAAACUGGUCACUGUGAAUUAUGAAAUGCACUCAAAUAAAAUAUAAUGAUGAGAUGGAUCCAAGUUGACAUCUUGGAUCGUCAACUAAAGCUAAAGCCAUCAGCAUGUGGGGACUCUGAGUUAAAUAUGUGAAAUGAUAUUGCACUAUAAAUGCUAAUUCAAGAUAUGAAUGUAAAAAUUAAUUUUCAUUAAGGCAAAAAAAGUGCACUUUGUGGUAUACAAAUGGAAUAUUUAUACCCUAAAACAGAAUCCACUUAAAGGGCCGGUGUGUAGGAUCUGGCGACAUCUUUAAGUGAAAUUGCAGAUUGCAACUGGAACGUCUACCGUAUUUCCUUUCAGCAAUAAGGUACAUUCAAUAAUUAAUUAUGUUUGGCAUAGAGAUAAAUUAAAAUGUGUGAAAACUCACUUUUCAGUAGACUCGAUGUUUAAAUUAGUCCCAGAUUCUAUGUUGUGAUUGAAUAGUGAUUCUCUACAACUUACAAACUCACACGUCACAUUAAAUCACAAAUCUGGAAAUCAUCUGUCGGCUUCAAUAGGCAACACUAAGGCCUGUAGGAAUUUCAUGUGCUCUGACUGUCUGUGGAUAUUUAACACAGCAAAGCUGCUCUAUAUGGGAGCAAGAUAUUAACAUAUCAAAGUGUGGUUUAGUCUCUAUAAACAGAAGAGCAGAGAGUGACAACUUAGCUGAUGUUAAUAAAAAACAAAACAUAUAGGCGUUAAUUGUACACAGAAUACUUUGUGUGAUAAUGCAGCAGAAAUGAAGACAAGCUCACCCAUCAGGUCUGAUGUGCACAUUUCUCUUCAGGUUUGCCGUUUUCAAGUUUGAAUUUAAUAAAUUAUCAACAGU